AUGCGGCCAGCUUUUGGCCGCUCCGCGCAUCGCGCCGACCAGGCCGCCGUCGUCGCAAUGCGCAAUGCGGCCACCCUGCUGGGCGCAUCGCGACGAUCCGCCAAGCCAAAAGCCCGCUGCUCAGCGCGUCGCGCCUCUCUGUCCACCGCCGAGACCAAGGUGCCCAUGCACUCUCGUCUAGCCUCCCCUCUCGUGCUCCCUUCUCUCCUAUCCAUCUUUCUCUCGUGCUCCCUUGCAUGCCGUGUGAUCCCCGGCCAAAGCCGAAUUUUAUGGCAAUUCCCUCUCUCGUGCCAGGCCAGCGCAUUUCUUUUAUGUUGUCUCGUGCCUGGCUGCUCUCUAGUCCCCUCUAGUUACGUUGAGUAUCCUCUCCAUUCCUCUCGCACACCCCCUCUCAUACACACUCAUCCCCUCUCCAUCCAUCUCGCUCACCCCCUCUCAUACACACUCAUCCCCUCUCCAUCCCUCUCGCACACCCCCUCUCAUACACACUCAUCCCCUCUCCAUCCCUCUCGCACACCCCCUCUCAUGCACACUCAUCCCCUCUCCAUCCCUCUCGCACACCCCCUCUCAUACACACUCAUCCCCUCUCCAUCCCUCUCGCACACCCCCUCUCAUACACACUCAUCCCCUCUCCAUCCCUCUCGCACACCCCCUCUCAUACACACUCAUCCCCUCUCCAUCCCUCUCGCACACCCCCUCUCAAACACACUCAUCUCCUCUCAUACAAUGUCAUCCCCUUUCAUUCGCUUUCAUCCCCAUUCAUCCCCUCUCAUUCCGUCUCAUACAAUCUCAUACACUCUCAUCCCCUCUCCUACACUCUCAUCCCCUCUCCUACACUCUCAUCCCCUUUCAUCCCCUCACACACUCUCAUUCCCUUUGAUCCCCUCUCAUUCACUCAUAUUCCCUCUCAUUCCCAUUCAUCCACUCUCAUUCCCUCUACUUCCCUCUCAUCCACUUUCAUCUCCUUUCAUCCACUCUUCAUUCCCUCUCAUACACUCUCAUACACUCUCAUCCCCUAUCAUACACUCCCAUUCACUCUCAUACACUAUCAUCCCCUCUCAUCCCCUCACACACACUCCCAUUCCCUCUCAUCCCCUCUCAUUCACUCUCAUUCCCUCUCAUUCCCUCUCUUUCCCUCUCAUCCCUUCUCAUCGCCUCUCAUUCACUCUCAUACACUCUCAUACACUCUCAUCCCCUCACAUACACUCUCACACACUCUCAACCACUCUCAUCAUCCCUUAUCAUACACUCGCAUUCACUCUCAUACGCUCUCAUCCCCUCUCAUGCCAUGUCAUUCCCUCUCAUACACUCUCAUACCCUCUGGUACCCACUCAUAUAUACUCAUAUACACUCUCAUCCCCUCUUAUACACUCCCAUACACACUCAUACACUCUCAUACACUCUCAUUCACACUCAUCCCCUCGGAUCCCCUCACAUCCCCUCUCAUCCCCUCUCAUCCCCUCUCAUCCCCUCUCAUCCCCUCUCAUCCCCUCUCAUACACUCUCACACACUCUCAUACACUCUCUUACACACUCUCAUCCCUCCUCAUCCACUCUCAUACACUCUCAACCCCUCUCGUUCUCUCUCAUACACUCACAUACACUCUUAUUCACUCUCAACCUCUCUCAUCCACUGUCUGAUACACUCUCAUCCCCUCUCAUACACACUCAUACCCCCUAA